AUGUUAAAAUUCAAAGCUGAAGAAAGUGAUGAAAUUUUGAAGUUAACUAUUGAUCAACUCGAAAAUUCUAAUGUUUCCAAUGAGGAGAUAGUUGAAGCAUUAAAUAUUCUACAAUUACCGUAUGAAGACCCUUUAGAUUUUCCAAUCUCAAAACUUGAUUGUUUGAUUGAUGACUGGAAGAAAAUUAAGGAAGCAUUACUUGAGAGUCAACAAGUUUUCCAAAAUUGCGUCCUCUUUUUGCAUCAAAAAGUAAUAAAUGCCGAAAUUAUACAGAAUCCUUUAAAGCCAAAGAUGAAACUUACUAUCUGCAAUUACUUACAAGAUAACGAUAUUGCCAGAGCUUUAUUUUUCAUAUAUUCAGUUUUUCAACAAUAUGAAGAUUCACAUGAAGCAAUUACCGAAGAUUUGAUUAACGAUUCAUUCAUAAUAGCAUUCAACACAUCGGGAUUACCUUGUUAUUGGUCUUUACUUUUACUUAGUCAAAUUUCAUCAAUAAAUUUCGAUUUAGUUGAAAGUAACAACUAUGUAAGGAAGAUAGGAUGCUUAUACAAGUCAUAUACAGAUGAAAAAUCGAAAAAAUACGCUUUAAAUGCACUUUCAUUUUAUAUGUCAAUUCCUGUUGACCAAAAUCGGAAAUCUAAGAUCAUUGAUGACAUAAUACUAGACUUAAACACACCUUUACCUACUUCUGAGUCAAUUCUAAGGCUAAUUUCAAAUUAUAUCGAAUCAGAUCAAGGAGAUAUAGAAUUUAUAGCUAGAAGAGGUAUAAUUCCAACAUGUAUAAGCCUUUUAAGAGUUAAUAAUCUCAGUCUGACCAGACAAACUGCUUAUACAAUCGUUUUAUUGCUUUCAAAAGUUCCUGAUGAAUAUUUAAUGGACGAAACAACAAUAACUAGGCUUGUUGAGAAGGUAAAUGACCUUAUUUUGUCUAAUAAUGCUGAUAUAGCUGUAGUAGGUAUUAAUGUUGCAUGCGAAUUGUUGAAUUUGAACCAAGAUAUAAUUAAUAAUUUCGAAAUUCAAGGAAUUGUUCAAAAUACAUGCGAAAGAAUAACAGAAUGCGAGUUUAAAGUAGCUGAACCUGCAUUUAAACUCAUAAAUAUGUUUAUUGAUCGAUGUAAUCCAAAUUUUAUUUCAAUAAUCAUUCAUCAUGAGUCAUUUUUAGUUUGUUUUGAGUUGUUGACACAAGUUAAUGUUGAUUAUGCAAAAGAAUUCGUAAGUAGUACUCUCUUUAUCUUCAAAAAAGAUAAAUCAUGGCUUGAUAUAGAUCUUGAUCAUAUUUUAGAAAAUUUGUGUGAUUUCAUUGAUGAACAGGAUGAACCAGAUGAUAACUCCCUUUUACUCAAGUCAAUGAUUGAAAAAACUUUAGAUGGAGAGAAUUAA